CUGCAGGGGGAGAGGGUGGCCUAGGCUCUCCCGAUGCAGAAGAGUGGGCUGCUGUUCAUUCCCACGCAUCCUCUGGGUAAGAGGAUGUCAGCAAGGAAUGUCAGGUCUCCUGUUUUUGAUUCCUGGCCUCACACGUACCCGCCAGGCAUUGGGUCAGAGGGAGAGCGCCCACCCCAUUUCUGGGCUGUUCCCAGAGGGAGGUGGUUCUUUGCCCCAGGUCCUGGACAGGUGUGGCGGCGGGUCUGGCGUUUCCACAGCUGAGAGCCAUGCCAGGGCCAAGCCCAGACCUCUUCCUACCUGUCCUGUUCUCUCCUUUCCCCGCGUCCCAUCUCUACCCUCCUGACUCCUCUGCUUGGCAGUGGACACAGGGCGGAGGCCUGCUUGUCCAGAGAGAUCUAUUUCAGUUCCUGACUUACAGCAGCCGCUGCACUGGGGAUGCCCUCGCAAGUUGCCAGACCUGCAGGUAACCUUGCUGCCUCAGUUUCCUCAUGUGGCCAGCCCAAGGAUUUCCAUCCUAAGUGUUGGCAGCAGUCUGGGUUGGAGACGUCUCCUGUCCCUUCCUUUGGCUGGCAUAUGUGGACCGGCGUAGAAUGUUCCAGCCCCUCCCCUUCCUCGGUGGAGUUUUGAUUCAUAAGCAUUCCCCCCACCGUCCCCCACGCCUCCCCGGGGCUCAGCCCUGUGCCAAGCUUAUGGAUGCCAGGAUGAGUAAGACCCAGGCUUCUGCUUGGGCCAAGAAGGACGGGAGACACAUAAACAGUAACGAGGAAAGUUGCAAAAUCUCUAGGCACCUUGGCAUCUGCUCCCUUGAGUAUCUCAGAAUGUCUCUGUUUUGUAAAAACAAGGAGGUGUUGCCCUUCCUUUUCCCUUUCCCUUUCCCUUUCACUUUCUCUGGGCACUGUACCAGUCCGCGUCCCUGGUCCCUGUGACAGUCGCACAAUGGAGCCCGCUGAGAGAUUUUCUCUGCUGCUUGGGGACCCUCCCAGGGCUUGGAGCUCAGAGAAAUCUCUUCCCCUCAGAUUCCCAGAACCCAGAGUCUGAAGGCGGAGCCCAGAGCAAGCCACUGACAGAGGCAUGACAGCAUGUUAUGAGAUGUGCACACAGGAGGCUCUCCAGGCGCAGAGGAGCCAGCUGGUGGGGCUGCUGGUCUCGGGGUCCCUGGAGGGCUUCGAGAGCAUCCUGGACUGGCUGCUUUCCUGGGAAGUCCUCUCCUGGGAAGACUACGAGGGCCUCAGCCUCCUGGGCCAGCCCCUCUCCCAGUUGGCCAGGCGCCUCCUGGACACUGUCUGGAAGAAGGGUGCUUGGGGCUGUGAACAGCUCAUCGCAGCUGUCCGGGAGGCCCAGACCGGCUGUCAGGCUCCGGAGCUUUCCUGCCGCUGGGAUCCCCACUCACCCCACCCAGCGCAUGACCUGCAGAGUCACCGGCCCGCCAUCGUCAGGAGACUCUACAGCCACGUGGAGGGUGUGCUGGACCUGGCACAGGAGCGGGGUUUCAUCAGCCGGUAUGAAUGUGAUGAAAUCAGGCUGCCUGUUUUCACGUCAUCCCAGCGGGCAAGAAGGCUGCUGGAUCUCGCGACCGUGAAGGCGAAUGGGUUGGCCGCCUUCCUUCUACGACAUGUUCAGGAAUUGCCAGUCCCGGUGGCCCUGCCUUUCGGUGAUGCCGCGUGUGAGAAGUACAUGUCCAAGCUGAGGACCACGCUAUCUGCUCAGUCUCGUUUCCUGAGCACCUAUGAUGGGGCAGACAAUCUUUGCCUGGAGGAAGUAUACACAGAGAAUGUUCUGGAAAUCCGGACAGAGCUGGGCGUGGCCGACGCCCCACCGAAAAGCCCCGCCACCCUGGGCCUGGAGGAACUCUUCAGCACCUGUGGCCACCUCAACGAGGACGCUGACACCGUGCUGGUGGUGGGCGAGGCGGGCAGCGGCAAGAGCACUUUGCUGCAGCGGGUGCACUUGCUGUGGGCCACGGGGCGCCACUUCCGGGAAUUCCUCUUCGUCUUCCCAUUCAGCUGCCGGCAGCUGCAGCGUGUGGCAAAGCCGCUGUCCGUGCAGACGCUGCUCUUUGAACACUGCUGUUGGCCCGACGUCGGCCGCCAGGACGUCUUCCAGUUCCUCCUUGACCACCCCAACCGCGUCCUCUUAACCUUCGACGGCUUCGACGAGUUCAGGUUCAGGUUCACGGAUCGCGGCGAGCGCCACUGCUCUCCGACCGACCCCACGUCGGUCCAGAAUCUGCUGUUCAACCUACUGCAGGGCAACCUGCUGAAGAACGCCCGCAAGGUGUUGACCAGCCGUCCGGACGCGGUGUCGGCUUUCCUCAGGAAGUACCUGCGCGUGGAACUCAACCUGAAGGGCUUCUCGGAAGAGGGCAUCGAACUGUACCUGAGGAAGCGCCACCGCGAGCCGGGGGUGGCCGACCGCCUCAUCCGCAUGCUCAGAGCGACCUCAGCCCUGCACGGCUUGUGCCACCUUCCCGUCAUCACGUGGAUGGUGUCCAAAUGCCACCAGGAACUGUUGCUGCCGGGCGGGGGGUCCCCAAGGACCACCACGGAUAUGUACCUGCUGAUCGUGCAGCAUUUUCUGCUGCGUGCCUCCCCGCCCGACGCGGCCCCCCGCAGCCCGGGGCCCGGGCUGCUUCGAGGCAGGCUCCCCGCCCUUCUGCACCUCGGCUGGCUGGCUCUCUGGGGCCUGGGCACGUGCUGCUACGUGUUCUCCUCCAGGCAGCUCCAGGCGGCACACGUCGACGGCGACGACGUCUCUCUCGGCUUCCUGGUGCGUGCCAAGAGCGUCGCGCCCGGCAGCGUCACCCCCCUGGAAUUCCUGCACAUCACCUUCCAGUGCUUCUUCGCCGCCUUCUACCUCGUGCUCAGCGCCGACGUGCCACCGUCCUCGCUCAGACGCCUCUUCCGCUGUCACACGCCGGGCGGCUCGCUCCUGGCCAGGCUGCUGCCCGCGGCGUGCGUGCGGCGCCCGGGGCGCGAGGAGGGCGGCGUGGCGGCGUUGCUCCAGGAGGCCGAGCCGCACAACCUCCAGAUCACCGCCGCCUUCCUGGCGGGGCUGCUGUCCCGGGAGCACAGGGGCCUGCUGGCCGAGGGCCAGGCGUCUGAGAAGGCCCUGCUCCGGCGCUGGGUCUGCGCCCGGUGGUGUCUGUCGCGCAGCCUCCACAAGCACUUUCACGCCAUCCCCCCGGCCGUGCCCGGGGAGGCCAAGAGCAUGCACGCCAUGCCCGGGUUCGUCUGGCUCAGCCGCAGCCUGUACGAGAUGCAGGAGGAGCGACUGGCGCGGGAGGCCGUGCGAGGCCUGAAGGUCGGGCACCUCAAGCUGACCUUUUGCGGCGUGGGCCCCGCGGAAUGUGCCGCCCUGGCGUUUGUGCUGCGGCACCUGCGGCGGCCCGUGGCCCUGCAGCUGGACCACAACUCUGUAGGUGACGUUGGUGUGGAGCAGCUGCUGCCUUGUCUCGACGUGUGCAAGGCUCUUUACUUGCGAGAUAACAAUAUCUCAGACCGAGGCAUCUGCAAGCUCGUCGAACAUGCUCUUCACUGUGAGCAGCUGCAGAAGUUAGCUCUCUUCAACAACAAACUGACCGAUGGCUGUGCACACUCCGUGGCGAGGCUCCUUGCGUGCAGGCAGAACUUCUUGGCUUUGAGGCUGGGCAAUAACCACAUCACUGCCUCGGGAGCCCAGGUGCUGGCUGAGGGGCUCAGAGCCAACGCCUCCUUGCAGUUCUUGGGGUUCUGGGGCAACAAGGUGGGUGACGAAGGGGCCCAGGCCUUGGCCGAAGCCUUGGGUGAUCACCAGAGCUUGAAGUGGCUCAGCCUGGUGGGAAACAACAUCGGCAGUGUGGGGGCUCAAGCCUUAGCCUUAAUGUUGGAAAAGAACGUGACACUGGAAGAACUCUGCCUGGAGGAGAACCAUCUCCAGGAUGAAGGUGUGUGUUCUCUUGCCAAAGGACUUCAGAGGAAUUCAAGUUUGAAAGUCCUAAAGCUGUCCAACAACCACAUCACCUACCUUGGAGCUGAAGUCCUUCUGCAGGCCCUGGAAAGGAAUGAUACCAUCCUGGAAGUCUGGCUCCGAGGCAACACUUUCUCUCCAGAGGAGACUGAGAGGCUCAGCCAGAGGGACACCAGACUCUUGCUCUGAAGCCCGGAGGCCAACGUUCAUCUCAGUUUGUUUGUGAACAGGCCGUGGGUUUGGAUCCCAGAAGCUGGAUUCCAUCUGGCAGCAGUCCAUUCACCCAGAGCCGAGUCCUGCCCGGGACAAGCACAAUAGGUCACCUUUGUUCUGGCAGAAGAAGGAGCAACCGUGCCCUUUAGAGUAACUCUUCUGCAGCCUGUUUUGCAUCCCGUUCUUCCCAAGAGUCGAUCUGUGGAACUUAGAAGAGGAGCGGCUCCCCACCACCUCUGGCCGAUCCGACGCGGGUCAGUGGGGCGCAUGGAGGUUACUGCGUGCCUGGUGCUGUAGAGACCUGGACCCACAGGAGCGGCCCCCCUUCCCACCUGCCUCACAGUGAGGAGGGGGAUUCAGGGAGCAGCUUUCUGCCAUGUUUUAACUCACGGGUUGUCGCCCAUCCAGAAGUUCCCCACAUCUGGUCCCUCCCUGCAUCCUGGAUCCCUGCACGUGGCACUUCCUCUGAGGGUAAAGUUUCAGAAUAUAGGUGUUCUCAGCUUUGGUAUUUAUAGCCUCGCCCCCCCCCCCCCACAAGCCCAGGGUGGGAAGGGCUGCAAUUCACCUGCUCUCCUUCCUGAUACUUAACACAUGAUCGAAAGGGGACACAUGACAGCCGUUCGUUCCCUAAGAUGGGCUAGAUUUUCCAAAAAAUAAGACGACACUACGGCAAAUAUCACACACACAAUUUUUUUUUUUUUUUUUUUUUUCUUUUCAGCGAAGUCAAUUACUCUUCAGUUAAGCCUUUGGAAACAACGCCCCACCCAAAUGCAGCUUUUUAGAAUCAGAAUUUUGAAUAGUCCCACCAGGUCUCUGGUUGAUGCCUGUGAGUUGUGACAGCAGACCCCUGAAAUGGUUCAGUGUUACGUGAUACAGAGUUAUGGAUCAAAACUUUACAGGGGCGAAAUCAAAGACUUUUCCUUAUAAGGCAGAUGUUUUUCUGGAUUUUUCAAAAUGGUGCAUUGUUGAAGCCUCCGUAAACCGUCAGGUGUGGUCAGAGUGUUAUUACUUAAACGUUACUUUUUGUGCAAACUGGUUACUAUUUAUAAACCACUUGGUUUGAUUCUCUCAAGUUUGUUUUUGUAAAAAACACGACCAUGAAUUUUAUGCUGUAAAUAGUCACAGGGGAGGAGAACUGUUGAGUCCUCAAAGCUGUGGGGGUCUCAAUAGAUGGUGACCAAAAUGUUUAAAAGAUAUUCGUGAAUGUUGUCAAAUAUUAAAGCACAAUUUUCUACUUGGA